AAGGCUGACAACUUCCAAAACUGACUGACGUCGGAUUUGUUAGUUGAAAGAGCUUCGGAUCCAUAGGACAACAACCCUCAGUCUCAUUCGUAGGAUUUGGGAGGGGUUCUAUGAAGUGGCUUCGAAUUGCCAACUCCUAAUCUACGAUUCAAUUCGAGAUCUAGAGAUCUGGAGAUCUCCCAAGGCUUCCCUUGCAAACGCUCUACCGUCACAGCCCUUUGCUUCGUUCCGAACUCCGUCGCGAGAGCUGAUCCGCCAACUAUUCGAUGCUCUCUACCGUAAACGGCAGCCUAGAACCCAACUGCUGGGUGCUAGCACGUUCAAGCUGUAUAAUAUGAAAGAAGAAUGAAUUUGAUUUCUCGCUCAAUCUCAGUUCUUAGCCCUUAGUCGCAAUCGCCAUCAACGUCAAGAUGUCCUUGCGGCCAAGUCGUUAUCGCUCGUCCACUUCCACUUCUACUCAGCCGGCCAUAUCUAAAGCUACCGAAGUUCUUCAGUCCCUCCUCGAUGCUAUAUCUUCUUCCCUUUCGACUACCUCCAGCAAUGGGUACCCUACAUUCGAUCCAUUAUUAGCCCAGAUACAUCAGGUCCAGCAACAUCUGUCCGCGACUUCCCCGCCAAGCUCCGUUCAAGAUGAUUUCAGGCACCUUCGCGGCUUUCAUAGGUUGUUUGACGUGCUCAGGUCCUUUUCCGGCUUUUAUAACUUGCAGAAGCGAAGCGACGACGAGAAGAAAAGCUUCUUCGACCUCCUCAAUGCUGUCUUCGGGGUAUUAGCUUCAGCUUUCCGUGGCCAUCCUGGCAACCGACGGUAUUUUCGCACACGGGUCGAAGGGGGUGGAUGGGAAGCUUUGGAGCAAAUCAUAGCAAGCAUUGGCCUUGGAGGAAGCGACUCAGAUCUUUGGACUAGCUGCCAGUUGUUUGGGAAGCUUUUCUCUUUGGCACUCAACGAUCCUGCUUUAGAUCAACUAUGUUGCUCUGCAGUGCUAGACGACACUACGCCCUGGGUCUUGAUAGCGCCGAAUGAAUCCGGUACUAGUGAAGAUAGCACGAAGAGCGAGGAUCACGAGAUUGCGCGCUUAGAUGCUCAAAUGGCAUCGAUCGAAGCGGCUAUAAAAAAGACCAUUAGUCCUAAGUCGACUUUACAUAACUCAGAGGUCGUCCGAUCGAUCGUGGAUUUCUGGGAAUCAUUACCCCGCGAUAAGAAAAGUCCGGAGAAUACGGCAUCGUUGCUCGUGCUCAAGAUAUUGGCAGCCACCAUAGAUGCUUCCAACAUUAACUUGUGUCUUGUUCAUGAGACUGGUGUCUUAUCUCGGUUUCUGAAGCUCGCUUUCGAUGAGGCUUCACCCCUCAAUGAUGCCGAGCGGGAAACAGUUCUAACCCUGUGUCGAUCUCUCAUGCCCUUUGGUGUGAACAGACUUGUUGAUGCACAAGAACUUCUACUCAGCCCCUCAUUGAACUCAUCCGAUUUUUGCUUGGAGGUCAUGCACAAAUAUAGCGGUCCUCCGUUUAUACAAUUCGACUUAUCCCAAUAUGGACAUUCAUCUAUCGAACUACCUAGUAUAGGCCGUCCGUUCCCCCCUCAGUCGUCUGCCGGAUACACAUUUGCUGCUUGGAUACGGAUUGACCAAUUUGAUCCAAAAUCGCAUACUACAAUAUUCGGUGCCUUUGACUCGACCCAGACUUGUUUUGUUCUCGCGUAUCUUGAAAAAGAUACGCACAACUUCAUUUUACAGACAUCAGUAACGUCGCAACGACCCAGUGUCAGAUUUAGAACCUUCACCUUUAAGGAAAGGCGAUGGUAUCAUAUCACAGUGGUCCACCGACGACCUAAGACAAUGACACCCAGCAAGGCUUCUCUAUAUGUCAAUGGCGAAUUCGUUGAACAAAUACGUGCUUCUUAUCCUGCAUCUCCGCCAAUGUCGAGCGGCAGCACAGAAAGUUUUGCUUCUUUCACCUCAUCAAGCAACAAGUCAAUGCCCGUCCAAGCAUUCUUAGGAACCCCGAGAGAGCUCUCCUCUCAUAUAGGUGCCGGGUUAAUAUUCUCCAAAUGGUCUCUUGGUACGGCUCAUCUUUUUGAUGAGGUACUAAGCGACGAUUUCCUGUCAGUACCUAGUCGACUGGGCGUUCACUACCAAGGGAAUUUUCAAGAUUGUCUCGGUGGUUUCCAGACUUACACGGCAUCUGCUGCUUUGGGACUUCGUAACGAUCUCGUUAGUACUGGAAAAGAAGAUUCCGAUAUCAUGAAAGUUAUUAGAGAUAAAGCAAGCCAUGUGGUACCGGAGCAUAAAAUCCUUCUUAGCGUGUUGCCGUCCUCUGUAUUUCGGGAAAAGGAGCACUUCGGAGAGUCACAGCUUUUUCGUGCUUUAUCCCGUGGGCCUGCUCAUACUCUUGUACAGAUGGUCCUUAAGAAUGGCACGGGCAUAGCUAUAAAUACCGCAUUGCCCUCGAUAAACGAUGCUCUUCUUCGCUCAAACGGUGUCGCAGUAUUAACCGGGAACCCUAUUGUUUCAACGCCCCAGUUUUUCGACGAUGCCCUUUGGCAACUCGCGGGUUUCACACCACUUGCGUUGAAGCUGAUCGAACGUGCUUCUUCAGCCGAAACACUAGUACGUGCUGUUGAGAUGGUGUUCUUAUGCAUUAACUCAAGUUGGCGAAAUAGCGAGGCUAUGGAGAAAGAUGGAGGAUAUGCGAUAUUGGGAAUUCUACUAAAAGCCAAACUUGGCUAUGGCAGUUCUGCAAGUGAAACUGUGACAGAGAAGCUGUCGCUUUCUGAUUCUGACAGGAACAAGUUAUGUUUUCAACUCCUUAGCCUCGUCUUAGGUUUUGUUGGAUACAAACAUCGGAAUCCUCUUGACUCAGUCAUCGUAAAUCCUUUAGCGUAUCGCAUUCUCCUUGUCGACUUUGAUGGCUGGAGAAAAUGCGGCCCUAUCGUUCAAGAGCUCUAUUACAGACAAUUUGUGGAUUUUGCCGUUAUGAGCAAGUAUCACCAAUACAAUAAUCGCAGGCUGCUUCGAAUGCGAAUUGUAAAGAGACUCCUCGACGCCGUUAAAUCAGAGCCUCUAUCAGAAAGUGUAUUGCCCUUUUUCAUAAGUACGGUCAAGAGUCUCGUGAAGUGCAACUAUAACACAGAAGUGCACCAAUCACUUGCCCUCUUUAUUACCUAUGCUUUCCAUCCUCCGUCAAGGUCUCUUCCGCGUACUCCAAAACCAUCAACCCGACGGUCCUCGCAUAAUGUUCAAUUGCGGCCAUUGGUCCUGACGAAUGGACCGGAUGGCGACGACGAACGGCAGCUUACGAAGAGAGAAGUCGGUAUCCGCUUGUUGGAUGUGUAUAGCCAGCUGCUAUGCGAAAAGGGAAAUUUAGUAAUCAUUCGAAAGUUUGCUAAAACUGUUACAAAUAAGUGGCUUUUGUACCUCCUCACAGAAAACGAUCCGGAAAUUGUAGUAUACGGCUGCAAGAUACUGGCUAGACUUUUAGUCACGCACGGCACCGCCUAUACCAACAAAUUCGCGGGGAAGACUGGGGGCUUUUGCAUCAUGGCCCACCGCCUGAAGCGGUGGUGGGAUAUGUCGACUCUUUGGCCCAUCUGCUUCAGCAUUCUCUUCGGAUACGACGUAGCAGAGAUAGACUUCGAGAAGAAUUUCGACUUCUUUAGCUUGUUGGAAACGUUUGGAAAGUGCAAAAUUGUCAAUCCCGAUGCCCUUCCGAUUAUCACGGCUAUGAUUCAACAUGCCCUAAAAGACAUUCUCAAGGACCAAGAGGAUCCUGCUUCUCCCCCUCUAGGGGAUUUAAACCUGACAGAACCUAAAGUAGCUAGGCCCGAACCAGGUCUAAGGCCACGAGCGCGAUCAAUGUCACUUAAAAAGGAGCUAGAAUCUCGCCAAACCGCCCAGCCACGAGUUGAACGCCACGCUGGUAACGGCGCUGCUCUUCAGACUGUCAUUAGAUUCAUGGCAGAUCUACAUGCUCGAUCUGCCGACUUCCGAGAUUUUGCGCUGUCUUCCGACUAUGUAAGGUUACUUCUAUCUACCCUUUAUCCAGCUAUCGUAAGCGCAGAUCCAGUCAACCCCGAAACAGAGCUUAACUCUAGGGAUUCGAUGCUCACUUUCGAGGGUGGCGAUGUUAUCAUUCGUCCAGUCGGCGGGACUUCUAGCGCUGCUCCGGUGAUUAGAACUGCUACGACUGACAAAUCGUUACCAACCCAUGGAACUACCCACCGAGGAACCCAACUACGGAAGGCCUCGUCCUUCAUCCUUCUAACCUCCCAGAAGUCCUCUCAACCUAGCCUAAGCCGCCUCGUUCACGUGGUGCCCCCAAAGAAAAACUCUUCUGAUCAAAAUGUUGGUCAUGGGUUAGUGGAAGGCAUCCUCGAACUCAUUAUCAAUGUCUUCAUAGAUCAGUUAUUGGCGCGGAAAGAAUUUCCUGGGUUCGGGUUAUUUUUGAAGGUACCUCCAGGAUUCCAAGAGCAUCAGGCAUACUUCGAGUCGUAUGUGCUAAAAAGUACUAUUGUUCACAUGUCGACGACAAUUAAGCUCGACUGGAAGACACUAAACGAGCCGAAAGUACUUACCAACAUGGCUCGAUUUAGCCUUCACAUGGUCGAGGCAAUUUUCGAGGGAUGGUUCAUGAACGGCACUGAAUCCAUGUUAGAUUUCGCUGGGCUCUUAUUGGAAUAUCUCCAGAAACCAGAAAUUGCAAAAAUGAAAACCGUGAGAUUGUGUAGCCAGGCAGUAUCGACUAUUCGAGGUUCCUUUCUUAAGCUUGUUCUUUUGAGACUCUCGGAAAUGGACGACCCGCAAACCACCGAGGUAGAAGCUAAUUUCUCGAUGGAAAAGAUUCUCUACUGGCAGACGGCUGUGUUUGAAUCGUUAUCUCCCGACGAUGAUUAUAUGAAGCUUUUUUGGUAUCAGCUCUACACUAAAUUAGUUGAUGCUAGGCCAGCUGUACGUUUCGCUGCUGUUAAUCUUUGGCGCAUCAUGCUCGUCCAGAAACCCGCGGAAUGCCUAUCGUUGUUCCGAUUAUUCAUGACCUCGGAUCAAACUCAACUGGCAAUGGACUUUCAAAAAUUAACGGAGCUCGACACGGACACUUUCAUUGACUGGGUGGAUGGGCAUCGACCUUCACUUGACGCACUGUUUUACGGUGGCAUUUCGCGGACUUGGGAAGAGUUCGUCGGAGUUGAAAAUCAACGCACAUUAGAAACAGCCAAAUCGCGACUGACAAAACGAAAGGAAAUUUUGAAACGAUGGCAUUCGGAGAUGGUGGAGCGAGACAAUAUUUUGCUGCGUCAUGACAUGGCCAACUCCGCCUGGAUGAAGUCCAUAUAUGCCUCUGAGCAUUUUAAGCACCAGCGCCUCAUGCAAGACCAACAGGACGAUGUUACUUUCUUUUCAUCUUCAUUUUUAAAGAUGCAAAGAGACCUUGAUCGGCCGGGAGCCGUACUAUACACGCCGAAGCCUACGAAAUGGAAACUUGAUAGAACCGAAGGUCGCAAUCGCAUGCGUCUAAGACUCUUGCCGGACCUCACUACCGACCACGACCAGUACCAACCAAAGCGAAGGACGAUGGAUCCACCCUCGGCACCCGCCCCCAAGCCGGAUACAACUGUUUCUCCUGCGCCAAUAAAAGCUACGCCACCAUCUAUGGCACACGGGCAGAUCAGUAGCCAUGGCGAAGGCGCCGAGGAUGAUGUGGAUAGUCCACCGACUGAUGCGCAAUCUGGUGCUGAAUCUGCAAAGCCGGCCAUCCCCGAGGACGACUUCGAGAUGGUUGAUGACCCAUACGAUCAAGCCGACGACGGGUUUGAAGAUAAGAAUCGGAGAGUGAUGAGGCGUCUACAGUCAGGCGACGCCGUGCAGCAAGUUUACAACGUGUCUCGUGUCAUUGGUCUAGAGGCGUUCGAGGGCAUUCUUCUAGUUGGGAAGAAUGCUCUAUAUAUAAUGGACAGCUUCUUCCAGUGUGCGGAUGGAGAGAUAGUCAACGUCUGGGAAGCGCCAACUGAGGAGCGUGACCCAUUUUCUCAAAUCAUCACUGGGGAGAAAUCUAGUGAAAGCCACCAGACAACAAGCCGUAGUGCUCAAGACUCUCGUAGCUGGAAUUGGCAAGACGUCAUAAGUAUAUCGAAACGUCGGUUUUUGUUUCGCGACGUGGCUAUCGAAAUCUUCUUCACGGAUGGCCGCAGUUAUCUCUUAACCGCUAGAAAUCCUACGAUGAGAGACGAAGUUUUUGCCAGACUCAGUAAUAAGACUCCGCAUACCGCAGGCGCAAGCUCGUUACCAAAUCCUGAGGAUGCCUGGCGUUUAGAAUCACUCAAGGUUUUCGAAGAAUCCGCUCCAACAUUUGGAUCAAAGUUUGGCAGCAUUUUCAACUCAUCUCCUUGGAAUCCUCUCAUGCGACGAUGGCAGAAAGGCGAGAUUUCCAACUUCCACUACUUAAUGCUCGUCAACACAAUGGCGGGUCGCACAUUCAACGACUUAACGCAAUACCCAGUGUUCCCAUGGGUUCUGGCUGACUAUACCAGCGAGGAGUUGGAUCUAAAUAAUCCUACCACAUUCCGAGAUCUGUCGAAGCCUAUGGGUGCGCAAACUGCACGGCGUCAGUCUGACUACCAAUCUAGGUAUACAAGUCUAGCUGAGAUUGGUGAGACGCCGUUCCACUAUGGGACGCAUUACUCAUCUGCCAUGAUUGUCGCAUCGUACCUAAUCCGAUUACCUCCUUUCGUGCAAUCCUUCAUCCUCCUACAAGGCGGUUCUUUCGAUCACGCGGACCGACUUUUCUUUUCGAUCGAAGGAUCGUGGAAGUCGGCAUCUCAAGACAACGGAUCUGAUGUACGGGAACUCAUACCCGAAUUUUUCUAUCUCCCUGACUUUUUGACGAACGUCAACGGAUAUAACUUCGGUGAUCGCCAAGGUUCUGCUGGGAGAGUGAACCACGUUGAAUUACCCCCAUGGGCGAAAGGAGACCCGAAAAUAUUUAUCGCAAAGCAUCGCGAGGCACUAGAGAGUCCUUACGUCAGCCAACAUCUUCAUCUAUGGAUUGACUUGAUAUUCGGCAAUAAACAGCGAGGCGAGGCUGCUGUGGAGAAUCUGAACGUAUUCCACUAUCUCUCGUACUAUGGGGCUAAAGAUCUCGACAACAUCACCGAUUCGAAUGAGCGACACGCCACCACUAGUAUCAUCCACAAUUUCGGUCAGACGCCUCAUCAAGUCUUCACCAAACCCCAUCCGGCUCGGGAGAGUUUCGCAUAUCCAGCGAGGAGGCUAGAUACGGGUAGUCAUUCUCUUGCAAGAAUACCUUAUCCUCUCCUGGAAAGUCGCGAACGGGUAUCCUCACUUAUCUAUUCGCCAAGGCAAGAUCGCAUGCUUUGCUCAUCUCCAUUCCGCCUCAAUCUGCCCCCCUUCUUUGAUAAGUGCCUUGAAUGGGGUUAUGCAGAUAACAGUCUACGAUUCUUUUACACGGAAAACCGCAAGAGCGCCGGGGUUAGCGAAAACUUGCACAUUGGCCAAAUAUCCUGUGUCGUCAUCGCGGAUUCCAAGACGUUAAUCACUGCUGGUGAAGACUGUGUCGUGUCCGUGUUUACCAUCCAUACUGCAUCCGGUAAGCCCGUCGAAUUGCAACACCGGUCUUCCCUCUUCGGACACAAGACACCCGUUACGACAAUCGCCGUGUCCAAGGCUUUCAGCACCCUAGUGACGGUUUCCGGAGACGGGCACGCCUUCCUCUGGGACCUAAACCGGCUCGAAUUCGUGCGAAAGCUGCCAAGCACGCGGGCUGUGGAGUGCGCGCGCAUCAACGACGUGUCGGGCGAGAUCAUGCUGUGCUCGGGCCCCAACGUGGCACUCUAUACAAUCAACGGCGACCUGAUGCUCGACCAGAGCGUAUGCAUCGACCACGAUGACUACGUGUACUCGUGCGCCUUCUACGAAGGUUCCGGGAACGAGUGGCUAGAAAACUACCUCAUCUUCACGGGACAUAGACGGGGACGGGUCAAUAUCUGGAAAAGGGUUGUUAAGGAUGGCAAAUGGGAAUUGGAACUGGUGAGACGGCUGGACCAUAUCGACACGCGGAGCGAUACGGGUGCGAAUUCGGAGGCUGCGAUCACGUGUAUCACGCCCAUGCCACAAUUGGUGUAUACGGGUGACGACGAUGGGAGAGUGUACGAAUGGAACUUGAUCCAAAGGGAGAGAUAGAGUCUCGACUAUCGUACAAAAAGCCCGUCUUCAGCCGCAAAGUUUUGGGAGAUGCGGUCGAGUAGUUCUUGUCCAUAGACUGGCGUGGCGUUUGUCGUUUAAGAUUCACAUUGAACUUCUAGGAGACGAGAGAGGAGCAUGCGAUGACUUGUUAUGACGGGAGAUGGAGGCUUUUAUCACUUGCGUGGGUAAACCAUCUUAGGGUGUGCUGUGCUGUUUUGGUUUCCAGGAUAGAACUACCUGCUUAGAUUAGGACUGGAGACUGGAGUCUACGUUAUGGUGUGGCGCUGGUCGUGGCAGACAGAUUAAAAAUCAAGAAACAAAUACACGAACGAACGAAACGGG